CACGUGCGUGUCCCUCGCGUCAAAAAAUGACAAUCCACACCGUUGCAUGACAGGCGAGAAUGAUACUGUGUCGAAAAUGCGGCCAGAAAUGAAUGUCUCUCCAAAUCCUUCGAGAGGAGCUCGAGAUGGUACGAGUACGAUACACGCCGCCGUACAGUAGGAAACCAGCUUCCUCUCKUACUCACGCCCGAGAGGCCUUUGUACUCGUUCUCUUUCCGCCGAUGAAAGAUCAAAACAGGUUUACCAAGAAAACCCUGACGAAACCCAAGCUAAAAAUGAGUGCCGCUGCCGCCCGUCGCAAGAAACAACUCCUGGCUCGCAAGAAGCAACAAGAGGAGGCUGCCGCCGCGGGCCACGAUGCCCUCGACCCGGUUUCGGCCCAGCUGCAGAAGCUCCUAGAGGAUCCCGAGAAACUUGCCGAGGAAGCCACCGCGUACGAAGCCUUGCAACUCGCCCAGUCGCAGAUCCGAAAGAAGGUCCACGCCGGAAGUUACGCCGAGGCAAUCGAAUUGGCUUGUUCCGCGAGUCUGAUCAUCCUGGAGCAGGGCCGAGUCUCGGUGGCCUCGCAGCUCACCGCUUUGUUGGCGAAUGUCUUGCGCGAAACCCACACCGAAGAGACCCCGGCAUUGCUGRAAAAACUCAAGGGCCUGCACGCCGCGCAGGAAAAGGCUAUGGACGGAAAGACGGGAGCGGAAGCAGUUCGUUUGAAUAGACUCCAGCGCGACUGGCUUCGCAAAUGUGUCCAAUGGAGCUCCGAACUGGGAAAGACUCGAUACGGAAACCUGGAGCUCCAAAAGCUCUUGGCGCAGCAGUCCUGGAAAUUAUCCCAGCAACUUGUAGCUGAGGGUGCUGAUGAAAACGUCGACGAGGAGGACAACGAGGUCAUGGAACUCAAGGCCGACGCGGUGACCCACAUGGCACUCGCAGAGGAGCCGAUGGGCAUUGUCGAGAUGCUCAAGACCAUGCCAAAACCCACGGCCGCAGAAACCAAGUCGGGGCACACCUGCCCCCCCGCGGAUCGUGACGCUCUCCUGACGCGAGCCGUCUUGUGCCUCUGUGCGGUCGAGAACCUGAGGGAUGCCUCAGCCCUCUGCCGCGCCUUUUUGGAACAGGUCGAGGACCGCGAUGCCGACGCCCUGACCGCCUCGUAUGUCAGCAAAGACGAUGGAAAGGCCCCCUCCCACAUUAUCUUUUGCUGCAUGCUCAUUCGCAUCUGCGAGAAAGACCCAAGAACGGGACCUCUUUUCUCGUGGCUGCUUCGCUCUUUCAAGAGAGAACUCGAUGGAUUCUACAAGGUGCAAAUCAUUCAGUCCUACACUUCCAAAAUCGGCAAAAUCUAUUUCAACAUUCAACCUCCACCCAGCAUGAUGAACAUGUUGGAAAACAUGAUGGGCUCCAUGGGAGGAGGAGGCGGUAUGGGAGGAUUAAACCCAGCGAUGAUGCAAGCAAUGAUGCAAAACAUGCAGAUGUAGAGACGCCCGUGGAGUACUCCCGCUGUAUCACGUCCCAUGCACAUUUGUGAACAAUCCAAUUUUAGUUUCACCAAGUUAUGGUUGAAUUGCAUUUUGAUCGAGGUUCAUAAUGAAGUGCAAUUAAUAGUAUUCAUCAUCCUCAUUUUAAACUACAGGAUUCAAAUAAUGGAACUGGAAAGGAAUCAGUACCAUAUUUUUGCAAUACAAUAGUAAUAGCACUCAUUACGUUCACCGAUAAAUAGAGAAAAAUGUAUUUCUAUUAAUCGCUUUUCCAUACCAACAUAUAUGCAACCUUCCRACACAGUUAAAUGAUCGCUUUCGUUGAAGAGUAAGGUGAAAGUGCUUUGAUGAUCAUUGAACAGCUCUAAUUGACUUCAUGGAGCAAAUUUUACAAAAUGUAUCUUCAUCUUGUACGAACAUUAAAAUAAAGAAUUUAUUGACUUACUGUUUGUGCUUACUGUACUUGAAUUGUAAAUCCAAUGAACCGAUGAAUUCAGAAAGGUUGGCUUUUUUUUACCGUACCUCGCCAGGAGGAGGGUAACGUGCACGUAGUGUAUACGCACACAUUAGUAUCAAUAGACAGUUAGUGGUUUCGAUGAGAACAGCAAAGACAACAAGCUUCGAAUAUCUAUGUACGUAAAGUUCACUAUCCUUUCUCACCGCACUUCUUUCCGUAAUCUGUCUAUCUGCCCUUGUGUAUUGCAACAUCUAACCUAGCAGAGAUAUCUUUCCGGUUGCCGAUCGUUUUGCUUUCAUAUAUUGAUACUUAAAAAAACAAAGUAUAGUACACACCUUGGCAGCACUUACUCUCUGAAGCACCAAAGUUCACUUGCAGGCGCUAUGUAUGCCUAUACCAGGAGGUUUCUGUCCUCUCUUUAUUUGGAACCGUUGUGAACAGAAUGCACCCGCGACAAAAGCUUUAGGUAGCGAGGCAAAAGUGCCCGUGUCUCUUCCAUACACAUCUCGUCCGCACCUUCUCCAUCAGCGGCGUACACUAGUGAUAGGCCUCCCUUCAGAGCCUUCUUCCCAUUUUCGAUCUUCUUUGCGCCGGUAGCGUCGGAAGUCGACGAUCCUUGACCAGCCGCAUUCAUUCUAUUUAGAGUCAUUGAGACGGUCGAUAUCUUAACGUCGGUAUUGCCCCCAUCAACACCAGUUCCGAGGGAUAUUUGUGCAGUAGAAGAGGGACCCACACCCGUUGAAGUAUUCCCCAGUGUAGACGACAAACUUGAUGCGGUGGGAGCUGUGUUGGACACCAUCUGUGCUUGAGGUAUGAGAUCGGCAGAUGGAAGGGAAGGAUGAUUUCCUGGGGGCGGCUGCACAAGUCUGGGGGGAAGGCCAGGAGGCAAGCUGUGCGGAAGUGGCGGCAUGCCGUUCGGUAGUGGAGGAAAGUGAUUUGGUGGCAUACCAUGGAGGCCCAUCGCACCGGGGGGGAGACCCGGUGGGAGAGGUGGAAUCCCGGGGGGAUUCAUCGGUGGUGGAGGGGGUGGAGGAGGAGGAUCCCUGGGAGCUUCCAUCAAGCAAUCUUCGUCCAGCGGAAAAUUGUUGUAACCGUGCGCGGCAACCAGCGCAAAAGCUGCCCGGCACGCACAAUCCAUCGCGGCUUCUCUUGUUUUCCCCCUCCCCCAGCCCAGAUCCACACCUCCAACUCUUGUAGAGAACACAAACGGCUUUUCGGGGGUCACGCCUGUCUUCCAACGCACAUAGGAGGCGUCGAGCAUGCGAUGUGAUUUAGUGUACUUGACGAAGGCAUCCAUUGACGAAUAUAWCUUAGUCGGACGAUACUUUUUCACGAGAUAACUCUCCCCCGUCUCGUUGCUAGCCCGCGCCUUCUUCUCAUUAUUUGGAUUGCUGUGUUGAGCGUUGUUGGGUCUCUUUUUCCUCCCCAUUUCCCCUUUUCUCUACUAACUUCUGAUUGCAGAAAAAAUUGCUGUAUUCUAAGGUGCGACCGUGCCCUUUAGCACCGGAUGUUAAUCAAUCUAUGGGUGUUGA